AUGGAGACCCUGGCGACUCUUCUCCUGCUCAGCGCCCUGUCCUUCUUGCCCGCUGAAGCCCAGCAGGCCACUGAAUAUCGCCUGAAGCCAUGGCUGACGGGCCUGGCUGCCGUCGUGGGGUUCCUGUUCAUAGUCUUCGUCCUCAUGCUGGCCAACCGCAUCUGGUGUUCCAAAGGGAGAGAUGAGGAUGAGGAAUCCACGUUCAGAAUGGAGACCCAUGUGACCCAAGACACAGACCUGAGUAAAGAAGGCAAGAGGGAAAAGGCAGAGAAGAAGGAGAAAGAGAAGAAAAAGGCCAAGAAGGAAGGAGAGAGCAACUUGGGGCUGGAACUGGAAGAGGAAGAGGAGCCCGGAGACCAGGUGAAAGCCAAGAACACAGCCAUGUGA